UUGCAAUUUCAAGACUAAUGUUUUCAUGUAUUUGUUCUCCGGUUUUGUGUCGUGGGGUAUAAAUUAAAUGCUUAUUGCACGGAUAGACUGCAUUCUUGUUGUGAAUAUUAACAUUCAAAACAGCAGCUUUUGUCCAGAUAAAGUAAAUUGUUGAAUCUCGUCGGAAAGUACAAAUUGAAAUCGAAAUACAGUUGUAAACAACAUUUAGCUUAAGACAAUGUUGUCACGUUAUGAUGUUUACAUUUAUUGUGCAUUAUUUAGAGUGCGCUUGCAUUGUGCGUCCCUCUUUAUCCGUGUGAGUUUCCUUUGACAAGCGAGCGUUCUCACUGGCAGUAAAGGCAGCGCCUCAUCUGCUAAGCUAAGAAGCAAACGUAACCACGGGAGCGGACACCUUGUAUUGUGCGCUUUACGCAUCGUCCUUGUUUACGGCUCAGAAUGCUCAACCCUCAGAGAUCUUUGUCGGAACUUCCCAAGAUGUCGGCUGCCAGUCAAGUGGAGAGAGCAGUGCUGGAGGAAGAAUUCAACUGGCUUCUUAAAGAAGAAGUACAUGCAGUUCUUAAACAGCUUCAGGAUGUCCUCAAGGAGGCUUCGAGACGUUUCACAAUGCCGACGCCUGGCCUGGAGAGUCAGCUCAAACAGGAAAACUUCAUCCUAGGCAGUUCAACCAUGGAUCAGGUGAAAGGAGUGCUGACACUGCAGGGAGAGGCUCUGACUCAGGCGGACAUUAAUCUGAAGGUUGCGAAGAAUAGUCAAGUGCUGCACUUCCAGUUCAGGGAUGAUAAGCAGUGGAAACUACAGCAGAUUCAGGAUGCAAGAAACCAUGUGACUCAGGCACUUCAGUUGCUAAGCAGUCAUGAUGAGAACUAUGACUUCAAAACGGGGGAAGAAGUUAACAAGCUCAUGGACGCUGUGAUGCUCCAGCUGACACGUGCACGAAACCGCCUCACAACCCCAGCUUCCAUGACACUGCCGGAACUGGCCACCAGUGGGCUGAUGAAAAUGUUCACUCCUCCCAUGCCUGGUGACGUAAUGGUGAAUUUUUACAUCAAUUUAAGCAAACUGUGCCUCACUGUCUACCAGCUUCACGUAUUGGCUCCCAACACCACCAAGAAUUUCAAGCCAUCUGGAAGCUCUGUGCUGCACAAUCCUGGAGCCAUGUUUGAACUCAACAACAACCGAUUUGAGGUGAGCCAUGUUCACAAGGUGGAGUGUGUGGUCCCUUGGCUAAAUGACACCCUGGUCUUUUUCACCAUCUCACUACAGCUCUGUCAACAACUGAAAGACAAGAUAUCCGUCUUCUCCAGUUUCUGGAACUAUAGACCUUUUUAAUCAGCGCGCAUUCAACAUCGGACCAAACCAAACCACACAAGUAUGAAAGAGAAGCUCUUAUUUAUUAGUAGAUAUUUAUAAGCCAGUCGUUCUAUUUCAAGUGUCGUCAGAAGGAGCCAGUUAGACGUGUUUGCAUUUUCUCUUCCGCGCUUUCCAGCGGCUCGACAUUCCUCUAAGGUGUUUUGCAUUUCGCAGUCCUUGCUAAAACCUCUCAACUGAAUGUAAGUUUUUAGAGGGAUUUUAUUGUUAUGUUCAAGCCAUGUUUGUAUGUAGUAGUUAUCAUCUAGCACAUCCAUGUUUUUGUGUUUAAUAUUUUUCAGGUGAAAAUAUAGUCUAAAGGGAAAUCUAGAAUGGAUUUAUUUGGAUUUCCACUUUCAGAUAUGAGUUUAAAAGGUAGAAUUAAGGGAAUUUGAAAGGGUACAAAUUGGACAAAAAUAGAUAUAUUUUGCUGCAUAUUUUUGGUUUAAAAAAAAAAAAAAAGUUUGUAUCUUGCACGCUGUGUUCCUCAAUCGCCACUACAUGGAAAGACCACACAUGCAUGCAUGUUUCCUGUAUCUAAUUGGUAUACAAUUUCUCAAUUGCUGCACAAGUAGCACAUACAGCAUACAGUACGUACAAAGUAGCGAGCUAUAAUUUUAAUAUUAUUUUAGUUUGCGACAUGCUUUCAUAUGAAGAAAUUCCAGUUUAUUCUCCUGAAUGGCCAUGGGAUGGACUGCAAAAUUUCUCGUCUGCACAAAUGGAAAGUUUUUUUUUUUUUUUUUCUGCGAGUUGUCUCUUUGUGUGAACUGGAAGUAAGGCAAUACUUACUGUGUUCUAUGAGGAAAAGCAGUAUAGUUCUUCAUUCUCUGCAUUAUUAAUUUAAAGUUCAUGUGCUUUUUUCAGCAGUCUUGAUAUUUUACAUGUUUACCAAAGUGUGCAAUAAAACUGGAAUGAAGUUCCAUACAUGUAAUGCAGUAUAUUAAAACAUGCUCUGUGGUCUAGUGAAAAAGCAACUACAUUGGCAAAGCGUUAAUGCUUUACUCAUGUAUCUUUUUUAGUCUAAAUGUGCUUGUUGGUGUAAGUCUUUCGAAGGUCAUGUGUUAAUACAAACACUACACAGCAUUAAGAUCAACGUACAUAAUUCAUCACAUUUCUGUUCUGAAUAAGCUAAUCAAUCAUGUGUGUAUUUAUUUAAAUGUUGGGAGUCUUGUACUGUAUCUUGUUGAUUCCUCAAUAGGCCAUUGUCCCAGAAGCCAUUUGGACAUUUGCAUGGAGCUGACUGGUGUCAUUGAUUAAAUGCUAAUAUGUAUCGUCCCAAGUAUCCCAUUAAAACAAACCUUAUAGUUACGCCUUUGUUUGUCAAAAUGGCAUGAGAUAAUGGCCUUUCAUGAACAAAAUCAUUCCAUUAAGUGUUACUUUUACUCAGAAAGCUAUUGUUAAAAUGAGGAAAUGAUUUAUCUGAAAAUGUGCAAUAAAAAAAAUGUGCGAAAAUU